UUGUUUCCAGUCGGGAACAUUUUUAGUCGGACUGCUUCAGCGUGACAAACAAAAUUAGAAAUAAACAUUUGUGAAAUUCAAGUUUAAAAAACCUUGCAAAACACACGUAAUAUUACAGUUUAAGCCAAAUAUUUAGUGUGACGACUGCAGCGUCCAUGCGCCAUGCAUUCAGAGUGAAGUCGCUGUUUAUUGUCACUCAGACAGCGGUUUGUUUUGGUUUCAUUUCUUCGGAACAUCACUGUGUUUAAAGAUGGCAGGACUGGAGCUGCUCUUCAACUGCGUAUCAAACUCUUUAACCUGUUCUCAAGAUGCUCUGAUUUGUUUCGUACACUGGGAAAUCGUGAAAAAUGGCUAUAAAUGUCUGGGCAUUGGAGAUGAGCCUAAAGAUGGAGAGAAGAAGUCAGAACUGCUUCCACACGGCUGGAAUGAAAGCAAGGAUCUGUAUGCACUCAGAUACAGAUCCAGUGAUGACAAGUCAAACCUACUGCUCAAAGCCUUCACAGUGGAUUCAACCCUCAUCUUCAAUCUAAUGGACUCCAAGACAGAAAAAGUAACCGAUCUCACAGUUAACGUCAGUGAGUAUGUUGAUGAAGCCAAUCUGCAGACGUUUGAAAGCGUGUUUAAGAACACAGAUGAGCUGAUUACGAAGCUGAAGUCCUCACUGCUACCCACUGAAAAAGAGGAGCGUCAAGGAAAGGCAGAGAAGAAGACAGAACGUGAAAGAGCCUCAAACUUAAGGGACCCUCUCAGUGAUCCUCUCCUGAUCCCAACCAGAGGCCCUCCGAGAAGACACCCACCUAACUGGCCUGACCCGAUGGCUCCAUUUGCCGCAGGCGGUGCCGAUCUGGACCCUUUCGGGGGAAGAGCAGGAGGGAUGAUCGUCGAUCCAUUACGUGCCGGGUUUCCUCGCUCAGGGUUUGACCCCUCCUCUGGUAUUCCUGGAGUCCUUCCCCCUGGCGCUGUGCCUCCUGGUGCCCGCUUUGACCCCUUCGGGCCAGUUGGGCGACACAGACCUGGGCCAGACCCUGAUCACAUGCCUCCACCAGGAUAUGACGACAUGUUCAUGUAGACGCAUUAAUAUCCCAUAGUUCUCGCUGCUCUGCAGUAAUAUGCACUUUGUGUUUGAAUAAACUGGGUUGUGAUGAAGCAUAAUUACUCUUAAUAAUUCUGUUACAGAAUUAUUAUUAAAACAAUAACAAUAUUGCCUAAAAUAUAACAACUGAUAAUUCCAUUUACGUCUGAUUGUGUUGUUACUGUUUGCUAAAUUAAACUGCUUUUAUUCUA